ACACACACACACACAAGCCACAUGAAUGUAUCCUGCUGAGGCGUUCAGGGCGCCUCGGACAAGCCGCCAACGCGCGAGUCUCCUCGCUACUGGCGGGAAACGACGCAACUUUUCAUGCCGGGAAGUGAGACGCGCGGGUGUGUGUGUGUGUGUGUGUGUGUGUGUGGAGCCAGCGGCGCCACCUAGCGGCGGACACGCAGCAUCGCGCCGGAGCUGCUCCACUGUACGAUUAUGAAAACACCCGCGCCAAUGUUGUUGCUCCUCGGACGGGGCUCGUAGCUUUUAACGCCUUAUCCGCGCCACGUCGUCGGUCGGCGCCGUUGAUCUUCGCGCGAGCCGGCGGAGGAGAAGCGGGGAUCAAGAUCGGGACAGCGACACCUUCGCCUCCAGCGUCUCCCCGCGCAGUUUGCUCCCGGACUUGCUUUCUAAGGCGGCGUUUUGCGAGCUCAAGCCCAAAGGAGAAGUUGCCGGAUGAAGCUCAACUGUCCUUAGACGGAAGGGGUUUUCUACAAUCCCGUCACUUCACCUGCGUUAGAAUCCGCCCCCCCCCCCACCUUUUCGGUUGGGUGAUAGCUCUCUCUCCCUCCCCUCCCCCUGACUUCUCUGAUGGACCAGAGAAUGAAGGGGGGUACCCCUCCGGUCACCGACUCCACUCUGGACGCCUCCCCUGCACCUGAGGAUUUGGAGCAGGACCAAGAGAAAAAAAAGCGCAGGGUAGAGGCGGAGGAUUCGAGGAAAAAACGAGAGGGGGAGAAGGGGGCAGUACUGGAGUUGCUCAUCGAGGGGCGCUGCGGAGGCGCGGGGCAGGAGCCGCUUCAGCUGUGUGGCAAAGACGCGAGCGGCCCUGACGGGAACGUGCGACUCCGGAUCGGGGUCCAGGCCAAGCGCACCAAGAAGCCGCCCAAGAUCUUGGAGAGCUACGUCUGCAAGCCCACCAUCAGAACCUACCAGAGACAAGUCCGAGGGGGGUCGCUGGCCAGCAGGAGCAGCUCUGCGCUGGACGGAGCAAACAGAGACAACUUCUCCAGCUCUGACGCUGUUCAGACCGCGUCCAAACAAACCGCAUCUGUUGCCUCGGCUCCUCUUUUACCACCAGCAUGCAGCGCGGCUUCCGCCUCAGCCAUUGCCAGCUCGGGUACCAGGUCCACCAAACAGGUUCUGCUCAAACCGGCCGCUAACACGGAGUCAACUUCCAGCUCGUCUGAGAGAGUAAAAAUAGAGAAGACUCAAAGCGUCCUUGACCAGCUAGUCACUGCGGGUCUCAAACCUUCGUCGCCCUCAACAGACCAGAAAUCUUCAGCUACGCCCUCCGCGACAUGCACCGAAACUCCGCCUGAAAGGGAGAUCAACAAGAAACACAAUGGUGCGGUGCAGACUAAGAAACAGAAGGGUCUUUCGAAUGGGAGAUGCUCCGAAGACAACCUUGGAGACACCACACAACUCAAAGGAGGGAAACACAGGAGCUCUUCCCCUGUUCCUUCUGCGGACACGCCCGCCACACCUCCGAGUUCCUCUCAAACAGAGCUCCGUUUGCCGCAAAAAGGUAGCUCUCCUCCGACAACAGCAAAAUCUAAAUCCUUCCCUACUUUGGAUAGGUCCGUCUCACCAGUUCGGGAUCCUUCACUACCCUUCUCCAAAGACCAAAAGAGAGACAAAGAGCGUAUGAUAAGGAAAGAGAAACGGAAAGCCAGAAAACCAAAAGGAGAUGGUCUGGAAGUAAAGAUAGUGAAAGGUGAUAGCAGAAAGGAAGAAAUGAAAAAGAAGAAAAAAGAGAGCAAAUCAAGGCACAUUAAAGAGCAAUUCAUGUCUGACCAUAAAGGUGGUGAGGAACUAAGGACUGGAGAAAAAGCCGAGAAACACAAGGAUAAGAUCAGAAAAGAGGACACCAAAUCGGGCAGCAGGGGUAAAUUACAUAAAACACAAGAAGGAAGAUCAGACAUGAGAGAUAUUACCGUACUGCAAGCAACAACUUGCGACGGCAGCAAGUCAAAAGAGAAAGAAGUCUCCAGACAUUCAACUGAGCCACCCAAACAUCCCGUAUUGUCUGUUCUCCCUCCUCUUUCUCCCCAAUCUUAUCCCCGGGAGCAAGACAGCAGACCGCUUAAGAAACGCAAAGCUAGACGGCCAAGCUGGACAAAGCUGGUGCAUCGGGCUCAGAGGGCUGAAAAUCAGGACGAUGAUUCUCAAACCAUUGUCUGCCAGAAUCCCAAGGCCACAAAUCAGCAGACUGAAGAGCUGACUCCCUCUUGUUUCCCAACCAACAACUCCCCCUCCGUGUCUUCCUCAAUUAAACCAUCAUCCCCAAAACGAAAUCACUCCACAUUAGAACCCAACCCGCCUGCUCCAAAAAGCCCUGCGACUCCCACCAGAAAAAGGGGCCGCCCUAAAUCCCAUUCCAUGAUGUACAACGAACCUCCUCUUCGACUUUCACCUGAGGAGAUCGCCUUUCUAGGGUGUGACAAUGUUCCAAGAAGCCCCAUACUAGAGUCCAGCCCGAAAAGACGAGGGCGUCCUCGCAAACAACCUUUGAGUCCAACAGACGUCACAGAUGAUGGCACAGAUCCUCAUCCUUCUCCUGAAAAGGGAAACAAGCAGUUAAAGAUCAAGAAGCUGAUUGAGGAGAGAAAGAAAAAAAAGAAGAGGCGGCUUCAGAAGGUGAUGAUGACCAGCUACACAGGGAAGGAGAGCAGAAGAACUAAAGGUGCAGACAACAAUCCAAGAACAUACAAGUCGACUGAACCUGCAAUAGUACCCACGCUCUCUGCCCUGUCCUCCUCCUUUGGGGCCAAGCUGGGCCCUCAGAUCAAUGUCAGUAAGAGAGGAACCAUCUACAUGGGCAAGAGAAGAGGGCGCAAGCCUAAAGCACAAACGACUCAUAUGAAAUCCAACAGUUUCACUCAAUCGUCUUUGUUUAACCAGCCCACAGAAACCUCUCUCUUUACGUCUCACCAGUCCCAGCCGCCUCUCGCCCACCCGUUUCCCUCCCCAUCUCUUACACACUCCAGUGGGGCACAGAGUCCUUACAGUGAGGGAAGUGUCACCGAACCAACAUCUACUUUGGUCUUUCCUCCCCUGUUCUCUCUACCGUCCCCGUCGUCUUCCUGCACUUCACCUAGACCCCUAUCCUGCUCCUCCCUCUCCCCCUUUGUAAAGAAGAGUUGUCCAUGCCAGGGCAGGCACAACUUCCCUUUUCAUCAGUCGUCAUGUAAGCUCUCUUCUCACACCCCUCCACUCCAUCCGACUCCCGGCUCCCCAGGCCACCUUAAAGACCCGACACCGUCCCCCAGGAGUGAAUCUCACAGUGAGGAGACUUUGCCUAGUGAUAGUGGAAUUGGAACUGAUAACAACAGCGUUUGUGAGCGGGCGGAGUUUAGGGGUGGUAGGCUCAGGUUGGGUCAAGCAUCAGGAGCAAUUCUAGGUGGUCCGAAACAUGCUUCUCUUGGGGACAGCUCCUCUCGUUUUGUUAUGGCCAGACUCAAGAAUCCAAUCAGUAACUCAUCAACCAUGGAGCGACACCGGCAUAGGCACAAGCGAAGGGAUUACAGCUGUCCCACUUCAUGUUCUUGCUCGUGCCCCUACCCUGGACACAAGUGCACUCAUUCAGAAUACUUCCCUUGCCUUGGUCACAGUGCACUGAAGAAACAGAAAAAUAAACACAAAAAGAAACACCAGCAGCUGCUCAUGCAGGAUCCAGAGUUUCUGUCUGAACUGGAAGAGCUCAUCAGUCAAUUCAGUGACAUCCACAUUGGUCGAAAAGGCUGGGCAAGGACGGAACUGGCACAGGGUUUUGACGCAAGUGGGAACACACUUGUAGGAAGGCGCCAUCACUCCUCACAUUCUCACCGCUCCAACGUAUUCAGGAUCAAUCUGAAUGGCUUCUAUUCUCCUCACCCUCCGUCUUUUGCUGCUAAUCCAACCUUCCCCCCUCAGCCUUUCUACCCUUGUCAGCCGGCGCAUUGCAACAGAAAGCCAGAGCUCAGGCAGUGUGGCUGCCCAUCGAAGUUCCAGGAGAGCAUUGAGAAUAUGAGCUUCUACAGCAGCUACCCUCCGGCCACAACACUUUACCACCACCUUCCCGGUUCAUACCCACUUUCCUCUCCUCACCAGUACGCACCGCAACAGCCCCAUCAUGCCCACUUCCUCCUCAACCCAGCCAGGUUCCACAGGCGGAGGAGCAGGCUGCUGAGGGAGGGAGCUUUAGUGAGUGACAUUGAAGGGAGUGGAGGGGGCCUCAACUUAGGGUACACAUCAAGCCUUCCGUGCAACUGCGGGCAGAGUGAACACAAACAUAAACAUAGGCAGAAGCCUUGUGAACGAAACGUAAAUGACGAAGCGUUACAUGAUCGCGAAGAGGGAGAAGUGGUGGCGAGAGAGCGGUUUUCUGGUUUAAAGUCAAGGUUAAGUUUGAGGCAAGGAGGAGGAAAAAAAGGGACAAGACGAAUGGACGGCGUGCUGUCCAAAGAGUCACCUUGGCUACGUGAGAAUGGAAAUAAUUCCUUCUCGGUUGGCACAUCAUCAUCUUUGUCAGAGAGCUCUAGACCUGCGUCUCUUUUCUCAGUGGGACUGGGCUCCUCUCACUUGUCUUUGUUUGGGGGAGGGUGGGGUGGCCUUGGCCAGAGUUGGACCAAACCUGGGGGUGCAACAUUCCCAAACUCCGGCUGGGGAUCUUUCAGAGGACAUACAAGUCGAACGAUCCUCUCCGAGCAAGAAGACGACGAUGCGGAAGACAUUGACUCCGGUCACCUGAACAGGACGUCCCCUUCCCUAACGCACACCAACCUGUUUACGUCAUCCGCCGCGACGACCCGAGAACGUGGCUUGAGAAGCGGGCCAGCCAGUAGAAACCUGGGGAGAGAAGGCAGGCUAUGGAGGACGGACCAGCCGGCAUGGACGGAAAGGAGAGAAGCAGGCUUACAAGGUGACUCAAGAAGCCGCCGGAAGCUCCAAGGUGGGCCGGCAGCCCGCAGGGCGGACGGGAAAAAUAAAAGGAGACCGGGGCGACCCAGAAAACAGCCUCUGCACUCCGCUUUGUCGUCCCCCGACCUCUCGCCCGAUGAUGGUAACAAUAGCGACGUCCAGGAGAGGCGGGAGGGGGACGGGCCGCGGCGAGACGUCGACCCGGUGCAGCAGGUGACGGAUUCUGAGCUGCAGGCCAAGCGGAAGCGAGGACGGAAGAGAAAACACGACGCCUCUCCCUGUCGUCGAAGCGUCGCAGAGGAGGAGCCUGAAUGUCUCCACACACGCGACGGAGCUUUCGGCCCUUCCGCCGCCGAGCUGCCCGCGUCGCAAACGGUCGGCGUCCAAAGAGACAAGCGGGACGACGGUCCUCCGUGGAAGACGUUUUUGAGGGCGGGUCUUUACUCUGACGAUUACAAAACUACAGAUCCCCCCUCCCAGUUGUUUUCCAGAGGAAGUGCGGAAUACAAAGCAGGGGAGCGUGAACACAGCCUUUUACCUGCGCCCAUCCAUGUUGGGAAGUACUUGAGGCUGAAGAGGAUCCAUUUCCAGUUGCCAUACGAUGUCAUGUGGCUUUGGCAGCACAACCAGCUUCAAAAACAACCCAACUUCCCGCUGAAGAGGAAGCGGCGUUAUUGCCGACUAAAGGACAGGAUGCUACCCUUUCAGCACACAAUGGAGGAGGGCCCCACUGACCUGGCCAGCCUCUUCCCUCACCUCGACAUGGAGCCUUUGACCGACAGCGAGCGGAGCUUUGUGGUGACACAUCGCGUGUUCCUGGUGAGGAACUGGGAGCUGGUGAGAGAGCGACAGAUCCGACUGAGGACGGAGCGCAAGCCGGAAAGGGACGGCGAGGCGGAGGAGAGGGACUGGCGCUUUGUUUGCGGGGACGGAGCCGGUGGAGACGACCACAUCAAGUCAGAUGUACCAGUGGGGGUGGUGGAGGUGACUGUUUCCACCAGCAGUGACCCCCAACACCACGAGAGCCCCGACACCCCCAGCUCCCUCGCAGCCAGCCCCCGCCCCACGGACAGCCAGGACGGAAAGGAAGGAGAAGACGAGGAGGAGGAGGAGGAGGAGGAGGAGGAGGGGGGCAGCGUGGAAGACAAAGUCGGAGAUACCAGCAGAGAGCAGAGGAGAAAACGGCUCAACGAUUUACUUUUGACCCUUCAGCAUUCAUAAGCUAACACACAGAGGUGUGAGCACAGACAGGAAAAAGAGGACCAGUCCCCCGCCGGGACACAUGUACAGGUGCUGCGUGGACAUUGGGAGAGGAUCAAUUAAAAAAAAAAAAGCAAGAAAGACACCAUCAUGACACGCUGUGGCAGAUGUUGAAUCGAGCGUUUUUGAAGGAUGAAACCAUGGCAACAUCUUUUGUCCAAGCAGCAAAGGAUGAAAGCGAGGCAAGAGAAUGCGAGCGAGCGGAUCACGGAAAAACAGACCAGCUGAAAAUGAAAUUUGCACUAAAGACACUAGAGACUGUGUGGAGGUUCAAAAGACACACCUCCACAAGCAAAGUGCGCGUAAAGACUGAGCCGAGUGAAACCCGGACGCUUGUGAAGCGAUAACUAGGUCAGAAAGGAAACUUCCAAAGUCACAUUGCACCUUGAGGAAGGGGAAAAAGCUCUUCUAUUUACUCUACCAGACAGCGAACACAACGCGGGGGGUGUUGACGUCGCUGCAAAAAUAAUUUUAAGAAAGAUAAUAUUUUUGUUGUGCCGUCUUCUAAAGGACUCAACGAACACGGGGAAUGUUGAACUAUUUUCAGUAUUGCUUCCUGAGGGUGAAACGUGUCUUUAUUUCCAUCAGAUUGCCUUUGAGAAUGUUUUAUUGACAAUCAGAAUGUCCCAGGGGAGUGAGAAAUGACAGGAUGCGGUUCUAAGUACGGUGGUACCUCGGUUUUCAUUAAUAAUCCGUCCCGCCGAAACCCAAACCGUACAACAACCAACACAAUUAUUUCCAUAGGAAAUAAUAUAAGUACACCCAAUAAUGUGAAGACGAAACACAUUUUAUCAAAAAUAAUUAUAGAGAUUUACAUGCAGAAAACAAUGUGAAACACACACACUAUGUUGCCAAAAGUAUUUGGCCACCUGCCUUGACUCACAUCAGAACUUGAAGUGCCAUCCCAUUCCUAACCCAUAGGGUUCAAUAUUACGUGGGUUCACCUUUUGCAGCUAUUACAGCUUCAACUCUUCUGGAAAGGCUGUCCACAAGGUUGAGGAGUGUAUUUUGAUGAAUUUUCAACCAUUCUUCCAGAUGUUGGUCGAGAAGGCCUGGUUCUCAGUCUCUGUUCUAAUUCAUCCCAAAGAUGUUCUAUCAGGCUCUGGUCAGGACUCUGUGCAGGCCAGUCAAGUUCAUCCACACAAGACUCUUUUAUCCACGUCUUUAACGACCUUGCUUUGUGCACUGGUGCACAGUCAUGUUGGAAGAGGAAUGGGCCCGCUCCAAACUGUUCCCACAAGGUUUGGAGCAUGGAAUUGUCCAAAAAUGUUUUGGUAUCCUGGAGCAUUCAAAGUCCCUUUCACUGCAAAUAAGGGGCCAAGCCAAACUACUGAAAAACAACCCCACACCAUAAUUCCUACUCCACCAAAUUUCACACUCGGCACAAUACAGUCCGACAUGUACCGUUCUCUUUGCAACCUCCAAACCCAGACUCGUCCAUCAGAUGGAAAAACGUGAUUCAUCACACCAGAGAACGGGUCUCUACUGCUCUAGAGUCCAGUGGCAACGUGCUUUACACCAGUGGUCCCCAACCACCGGGCUACGGCCCGAUUGGUACCGGGCAGCAGAAGAAUUUUUUAUAAAAAUUUUUUUUUUUUCAUGAAAUCAACAUAAAAAACAUAAGAUACACUUACAAUUAGUGCACCAACCCCAAAAAACUCCCUUUUUCAUGUCAAAUUAUCAAGCGUUGACCGGUCCGCAGCUACAAAAAGGUUGGGGACCACUGCUUCACACCACUGCAUCCGACGCUUUGAAUUGGACGUGGUGAUGUAUGGCUUAGAUGCAGCUGCUCGGCCAUGAAAACCCAUUCCAUGUAGCUCUCUGCGUACUGUACGUGGGCUAAUUGGAAGGUCAGAUGAGUAGGAAGUCAGCGACCUCAGUGCACUAAUGCGCUUCAGCAUCCACUGACCCCUCUUUGUCAGUUUACGUGGCCUACCACUUGGUGGCUGAGUUGCUGUUGUUCCCAAAAUCUUCACUUUUCUUAUAACAAACCCAAGAGUUAACUUUGGAAUAUUUAGGAGAGAGGAAAUUUCACGACUGUAUUUGUUGCACAGGUGGCAUCCUAUGACCGUUCCACGCUGGAAAUCACUGAAAGCGGCCCAUUCUUUCACAAAUAUUGUAGAAACAGUCUCCAGUGCUUGUUUUUCUACACCUGUUUCUGAUCAUUUGGAUGGGUGGCCAAAUACUUUUGACAAUAUAGUGUAUAUAUAUGAUCAAACCUUGGGAAGACCUGGGACCUUUUGUGGGUCUUUUUAUUACCUUCGAAGAUGACAUCAUGCAACAGAAUGCUCAUUUUAAAAGUGGUAAAAAAAAAAUGGCCACAGAAGUUGUAAAGGAAUUCAUCUCAAAAUUUGCGUUAUCCAGUAGAGGUGAGAAUCUUUGUGCACCUCACGAUUCGAUUACGAUUUCGAUUCAGAUGAUACGAUUCGAUUAAAAAACGAUUAUUGAUGCAUCUUUAGUUUAUUAAAGUUAAAGUAGCAAUGAUUGUCACACACACACUCGGUGUGGCGAAAUUAUUCUCUGCAUUUGACCCAUCAACCUUGAUCUCCCCCUGGGAGGUGAGGGGAGCAGUGAGCAGCAGCGAUGGCCGCGCCUUGGAAUCAUUUUUGGUGAUUUAACCCCCAAAUAACCAGCAACUUGAGGGUUGCAGGUUCGAUUCCCGCUUCCGCCAUCCUAGUCACUGCCGUUGUGUCCUUGGGCAAGACACUUUACCCACCUGCUCCCAGUGCCACCCACACUGCUUUAAAUGUAACUUAGAUAUUGGGUUUCACUAUGUAAAGCGCUUUGAGUCACUAGAGAAAAGCGCUAUAUAAAUUCACAAUUCACAACUCCAACCGUUGAUGCUGAGUGCCAAGCAGGGACGUAAUGGGUCCCAUUUUUAUAGUCUUUGGUACGACUCCCAAUCUACCGAUCUCAGGGCGGACACUCUGACCACUAGGCCACUGAGUAGGUUGUGUAUAUUGAUGCAGUAUUACAUUUAUUUUUAUUUAAACAUAAGCGUUUUUCACUUUCAAUUUAAAAAAAAAUAAAUGGGAAUAAAAAAACACAGUUAAAUUGAUUCCCACAUUUAAUAAAUUAAUGAAAAUGUGUGCAAAACUAGACCAUAAUUGCCUGAUAGUAAAGAAGUUGGUGGGAUCAUUUUAGAACUGUCUGCAACACUUUAUUUACAAUAAAUACAUCGAUUAUCAAUUAUUGACGUUUACUAAUUGAUUCAAUAAUCUUUCAUGUCCGAAUUGCAAUGCAUCUAAAAAUCGAUUAUUUUCCACACCUCUAUUAUCCAGGAAGUAAUUUUUUACACAAGGUAAUGAGUGAGUGUAUAUUAGUGUUCCCCGGGACCCUUUUGUCCCCCAUUGACUCCGUUUUAUAACGGCCAUUUUUCAAUAUACUGUAAACUUGUUAUAAAAUAACGCUUUUUCCACAAACACCAAAUGAAUCCAAGCAUUUCCUUUUGAAAUAUGUGUAAAUACUAUCAGAGGUGUAAUUUGACCUCUUAACUGGAAAUACUGCCAGAGUACCUUAAAAGCAUACUGAAAUGAGAUGUUCUUAUUUAAACGGGGAUAGCAGGUCCAUUCUAUGUGUCAUACUUGAUCAUUUCGCGAUAUUGCCAUAUUUUUGCUGAAAGGAUUUAGUAGAGAACAUUGACGAUAAAGUUCGCAACUUUUGGUCGCUAAUAAAAAAAGCCUUGCCUGUACCAGAAGUAGCAGACGAUGUGCGCGUGACGUCACGGGUUGUGGAGAUCCUCACAUUGUUUACCAUCAUGGCCACCAGCAGCGAGAGCAAUCCGGAUCGAGAAAGCGACGAUUUCCCCAUUAAUUUGAGCGAGGAUGAAAGAUUUGUGGAUGAGGAAAGUGAGAGUGAAGGACUAGAAAAGAAGAAGAAAAAAAUAAAGACAAGAGGGCAGUGGGAGCGAUUCAGAUAGGGAAGAUGCUGUGGGGGUGGCAGGACCAUUCGGCCAGGCCCAACGCAACAAGGGAUAGAGCCAUACCCCUUUGAACACGACGGUGACGGUCAGGAGGACGCUGCGGAUAUUAAUGGUGGAGUGGCACACGACAUAGAUCGCCUUCAGAAUACAGAAAAGUAAAAUGUUUUUUAUUAAUACACAUAAUACACUGUACUUUGUGUGUGUGGUCCAAUCCAACCGUGUUCGCUUGACAUCUCUGUUCCAUAGUAAAGCUUGACUGUCAACUUUCGGGAAUGUAAACAAUGAAACACCGGCUGUUUGUGUUGCUAAUGCCGGCCGCAAUACACCGCUUCGCACCUACAGCUUUCUUCUUUGAUGUCUCCAAUGUUCAGUGAACAAAUUGCAAAAUAUUCAGAAUACUGUGGAAUUUUGCGAUGAAAACAGACAACUUAAUAGCUGGGUACGAUGCUGGAACAAAAUGUCCUCUACAAUCCGUGACGUCACGCGCACGCGUCAUCAUACCGAGAUGUUUCGGCAGGAUAUUUCGGCGCGAAAUUUAAAAUUGCAAUUUAGUAAACUAAAAAGGCCGUAUUGGCAUGUGUUGCAAUGUUAAUAUUUCAUCAUUGAUACAUAAACUAUCAAACUGCGUGGUCGGUAGUAGUGGCUUUCAGUAGGCCUUUAAGUUUAUAUUAGACGCAUAGUUGCUUUGAUCUGCCCACAACUAUGAUGUCAUCAAAAAUGUUGGUGGGUUGGUAAUGACAUGUAAUGUGAAUCUAAUAUAGUGUGUAACUUUGCUGCCUCUUGGCCAGGACUCCCUUGAAAAAUAUUUGUUUUAAUAUCAAUGGGAUUUUUUUCCUGCUUAAAAAAAAAAAAAAAAGACGGUUGUAUGUAUAGAAUGUGGCUACAAUAAUAUUGUGCGUGCAUUGCAUACUUUGUUUUUGCCAUAACAAAACUGGGAUUUCUUUGACAAAAAGGGCAUAAAACAUCAACAAAACUUUAGAUGGACAAAUAGAUCUGAAAUGUAUCUAUAAAUUUAAGAGUAGAAACUAAAAAAAAAAAACUUGUUUUACUUAUUUUUAAGGCUUUUAUGGCAGAAAUCCUUUCAGGUCUCCGGGACUUAUAGCAUUCACCAUAUUUGGGCGCUUCCCCAAGUGUUAAUUGGAUAAACAAAUUAAUUUAACAUCAUGUUUAUGGGAGUAGAGAGCACACGGGACCCCACUUUCGGAUUUUGCUACGAGUUCUUAUAGUGUCUCUCACCUUCUUUAUUCGAGUGUUGGCACUUGCAACUUUUUUUGGCCCUACGGUUGCUUAUUUUUUUAUCUUGGUUGUACAAUAACCGAGAUGCUACGCCAACAUAUUAAUCCUCAAACGAAAACAGAGGUACCACCGUAGAAAUGCCAUGCUGUCUAUUAUCGAUCAAAGCAAUAUCUCCUGUGAUAAGGACUAUUAUUAUCAUUAUUAUUAUUACAUAGUACAUACAUACAGUACAAUAUAUCUUUGUCAUGUUUUAUUAAGUCACCUCGGUGUUUAUUUUAGUGUACAGAUGCUUAGAUAGGUCUUACUUUAUAAGGGCAUUUAAUAUCUAGUUUCAUGUGAAUGUACAUAAAACAUAACUACAGUAUAUACAUAAGAUAUAAUCAUUAUGCUUUUGUUUUCUACCGCUGACCAAUACAUUAGCUUUCAUUAGACUGUGAUUGUAUACCUUUUGUUUCUUUUUUAGACACGCAUGUUUUUUAUUGGUCAAACAAUCAGUACUUAUAAUUUCUAAGUAGCGUGGCUUUUUUUUUUUUUACGAAUAACAAGCCAAGAAAGUGCAAUUUUUUCCACUGUUUACAUAUCCUGCAUAUAUUUUUCCUUCCCUUUCCUGAUUAUUGGAUUUUUAUAGCGAAAAGGUACAACAAUAACAACAACAAAAAAAAGUUAUUUAUCUAGUUUGCAUGACAUGUAUUACCUUUGCCUGCUGCCUCUCAAAUGCAUCUGGAAAAAAAACACAAUUGCCAUAGAAAGUCAGCUUUUUUUCUUUUUUGCUUCUCUAUCCAGUAAUUAUAAUAAAAAACAUUUUAUGUCUAAGAACUAAACCACGCUUGGCCAAGCAGUGUUGUGGAGUGUGUUGUCCUCCAUAAUGACCCACAAUAGAGGACGUGUAAUCGUAGCUACUAUUCGGGGGUGGGGGCUGAGGAUGACUCGGGGGAAUUAUUCCCCUUUGGUUGCCUUCAAAAACAACCAUGGCAGCUAUUAAUGGCGCUUCUCGAACAAGGGUCAGCAACCUUUACUGUCAAGAGACAUUUGGCUCGCUUUUCCACUAUAAGAAAAACAGUCGGAAGUAGUGUUGUCCUGAUACCAACAUUUUGGUACAUGUACAUUUUGGUGCAUGUACCAAAAUGUAUUUCAAAAUAAAGGGGACAACAAAAAGAUGACAUUAUUGGCUUUAUUCUAACAAAAAUGGUAUGAUACAUUAAACCAUGGGUGUCCAACAUGCAGCCCGUGCUAAUUUUGCAAGGAAAAACUGCAUCAAAUAUUUUGCUACUUGACAAAUGACACGAAUGAUAGUAUUCAAGAUUUUUGUUGCUAUUUUUGUAGGUAUACACCUUAGUCUUAGUUUGGUACUUGAUGGUUGCUAAUGUUAGCAUUCCAGCAUUUUAAACUAAUUUUUGUAGUAAUAUAUUUUGGUACUUGUUACAGUUAGCAUUUUACCAGGCGAACAUAAGUAUGUUAGCUUUUUGAGCUAAUUUAGAAAGUAUACACCAGGGACGUCAAACAGGUUUUACACGGCUCGCGGGAUGAGUUUGCUAAGUGUAAAAAUGAGCUGAAAUUUUUGAGUGAAAAAAACUGUUCUAAAUGUGUCCACUAGAUGUCGCAAUUGCAAUUCUUUGUAUCUUUGUAGAUGCUACAUAUUUAAAAAAACAAAAAAAAAACACAUAAUGAACAAACUGCAUGAAUAACAUCCUGUAAUUUGACUUUGAUAUUAUUUUUUCAUCCUAAAAGAUUGAACAUUCGCACCAAUGAGUUGACUGAUGAACAUUAUCACAUCAUUUAUUCAGAAAGUAUAAAUAACGACAAAUAAAGGUAGAAUACUAUCAACCGCAACAUGUAAGUGUAAAAACAAACGAAUAACAUUAUGAUUUGUACAUUUUCAGAAUGUGCUUGUUCUAUUUUUAAACAAAGAAAACAAUCUGAAGUUGUCUUUAUUUUUAAGUUAUCGUGCCGUGAUUUUUUUGAGUAGCUUCUUCUCCAUGUGGCCCCCGAUUGAAAAUGAGUUUGACACCUAUGGUAUACAAUGUCAUGACCUGUCAUGUCUAAUUUUGAAUCCAUUCAUCCAUCUUCUUCCGCUUAUCCGAGGUCGGGUCGCGGGGGCAGCAGCCUAAGCAGGGAAGCCCAGACUUCCCUCUCCCCAGCUCCUCCCGGGGGAUCCCGAGGCGUUCCCAGGCCAUGAUUUUGAAUUUGUGUUUUUUUUCCGUGUUUAACGCUUAGUUCCUGUUGUGCACUCUUAUUUUGUACUUUUCACUUCCUGUUUUCUUGUCUCCUGCAGUACCUUGACGUUGCUUGCCGGCACACAGGUUCCGUGUUUAUAAUCAAGACUAUUUCAGUUCUGGGUCAAGUUGGGUCAAUGGCAUUUUUUCACACACGUUCCUCUCGAACUUUUGGUUGGGACAUUCUGUCAAGCUCGGGUUGCAUGUUAACAAUUGUCAGUCGGGAUUUUCAGGACGCAGGAGAAUAUAGGCGAUAGUUUACAGGUAUGAAGAGAUUUAUUCCGAGACAAAACAAACAAAUAAAAGACGAAUGCUGUUGG